AUGUUUGGAGGAGGUACAUCUUCAGGAUUUGGAGGAUUUGGUACAAAUACUGCCAAUACUAACUCCCCGUUUGGCGGUGGCGCCAACACAACUACAAACACAAACACAAACACAAACGCAUCACCAUUUGGGACAAGCACCACCAACACAGGAGGGGGAUUAUUUGGCAAUGCAUCAUCCAAUCCAACAUCAUCUUUUGGAUCUAGUAAUGUCUUUGGAUCUGGUAACACUGGUACUACAGGAACACUGGCAUUUGGAAGUAAUACUGCUGGAGCAAGUGGUGGAGGAUUAUUUGGAUCAAAUCAAGCUAGUAAUACAACUGCAUCUGCAUCGCCUUUUGGACAACCACAACAAUCAGCACCAUCAGUUUUUGGAAGUGGUACUCAGGGCUCUUCUGCAUUUGGAUCUUCAAACGCAGGAACUGGCGGUGGACUCUUUGGUAGCAAGCCAGCAACUACAUCAACUUUCGGGUUUGGUUCACCAGCAGCAAACAAUACCACAACAUCACCAUUUGGGGCGUCAACUGCAACUACUAACGCUUUCGGAGCUACUCUGGGUGAUCCCAAUGCCAAUAACGGUACCGCUGUGAAACCAUUUUCACCACACAGUGAAAAAGAUUCAGCAAAUAUAAAUAAUGUGUUUCAAAAUAUAUGUUGUAUGCCAGAAUAUAAGAAUUAUUCAUUUGAAGAGUUACGAUUGAAAGAUUAUGAACAAGGAAGAAGGUUCCCACCGAAUCAAGGUGCAGCAGGAGGGGCAUUUGGAAGUACUGCAAACACAGGCACUGGAUUUGGAUUUAGUGGUACUGCCCAACAACAACCAUCUACUGGAGGAGGACUUUUUGGUGGACAAGCUAGUUCAUCACCAUUUGGAAAUACUGGUAACACUACAUCUGGGUUUGGUUCAAGUUUUAACAAGCCGGCAGCAUCCCCAUUUGGGUCAUCGGGAGCGUUUGGAUCAACGCAACAACAAGCAUCUCCUUUCGGGGCAAGUAACACCGGUAAUGCAUUUGGAGCUAAUAAACCAGGAACUGGAUUUGGAUCAACCAAUACCAACACAGGUGGUGGAUUAUUUGGUGGUGCUAGUGGAUCGAAUAAUGCAUUUGGACAAAAACCAGCGACUGGGUUUGGAAGUGGUAACACUUCGACAUUUGGAUCAUCUGGUGGCGCGUUUGGAAAUACUGGCGCUUCACCAUUUGGACAAGCUAACAAUACCCAGCAACAACAACAACAAGGUGGUGGAUUAUUUGGUGGAUCCAAUACUGGAGGCGCAUUUGGUAAUACAUCAGGUGGAUUUGGACAAUCAAACACAGGUAAUGCAUUUGGAUCCAAUACUGGCGCUUCAGGUGGUGGAUUAUUUGGUGGCCAGCAAUCGCUGGGUUUUGGUGCUAAGCCAAGUACAGGAUUUGGUUCCACUGGUGGAGGACUUUUUGGCCAACAAGGUAAUCAACAGCAAGGAGGUGGGUUGUUUGGUGGCGGUGCACAACAAAAUCAACAACAGCAACAAGGUGGUGGAUUAUUUGGUGCUAAGCCAGCAGGAUCUACAUCAAUGUUUGGCCAAAGUGGUAAUGCCGGAACCAAUACAGGUGGUGGAUUAUUUGGAGGUCAAACCAACAAUAAUGCCGGUGCAACUAGUGGUGGUCUUUUUGGAGCUAAGCCUGCGACAAGUGGUGGAUUAUUUGGAAGUAACACUGGGACUACAGGCACUACAGGAGGUGGAUUAUUUGGUCAGCAGAAUAAUCAACAACAAAGUGGUGGACUAUUUGGAGCCAAACCUGCUGGUACAACUGGUGGUGGGCUAUUUGGAAGUACGCAACAGAGUGGAGCUACAGGAGGUGGUUUAUUUGGUGGAGGUGCGCAACAAAAUCAACAACAGCAACCACAGCAACAAGGUGGUGGAUUGUUUGGAGGAUCGAAUACUGGAGGUGGAUUAUUUGGUUCUAAACCUGCUGGAACUGCACCUUCUGGAGGGGGGCUUUUUGGAAGUGCUCAGCAAGGUGGUAACACAUCAGGUGGAUUAUUUGGAGGAGGAGCCAAUAACGCUGGUGGAGCAACUGGCGGUGGCUUAUUUGGAUCAACUCAAGGUGCUACAGGUGGUACUGGUGGUUUAGGAGGAGGAGCGGGAGGGUUUGGUUCUGGCGGUGGGUUAUUUGGUAAUGCCAAUUCACAACAGCAGCAACAGCAGCAACAACAACCCGGACAACCACUGUUUUUACAAAAGACCCAGCAACAACAAACGCAACCAUUGGCCAACAUCAACUCUCAAGACCCAUAUGGACAAAAUCCCUUAUUCCAAUCGAUUUCAGGAACUACCCCUCAACAACAACAGUCACAAGGCUAUGGUGCUGAUCAAAAGCCAAGAGCCACUGUAAUUAGACGAUCAUUUGCAGUUCCACAACAAAAUAAAAAAGUGGUGACAUUGGGCAAUACAGCACAAAGAAUUACACCGUUAUUUAAAGUUAGUGUAUUACCAUCAGCUAAUAAACCAGUUGAAAAAGCCCAAGAUGAACUUUUCAAACAAAAGAGUGACCUGAUAUUCACUCCAAUUACUGAUCUGGCUAUCAUAACGUCAGAUAUAUUUCGUCCAAAUAAUAAUUUCAAGAAAUUAGUUGUUGAAAAGAGUAGUAAAGGGAAGUAUAAUUUGGCAAUUAAUGAUGGAAAUGAUGAAACCAAUAGCCCUGCUAAACAAGUUUCGUUUGUGUUGGAUAGUGACAAGAAGAAGAAUGGGGAUGGAAUUAAGGAAAUUAAUGCUACUCAAGCUGCUAAAAAGAAUGGUGAGGCCAAAGUUGAUUUCAAGAGUAAUGAAGUUGUCAUUAAUGGUGACAACAAGAAAGAAGAAUCUACCAAGACAAAUGAAAAGACAAAAGAGACCGAUGAAGAUGAAGUUAAUGAGGAAGGGUAUUGGACAUCACCAUCUAUUUCCCAAUUAAAAACUAAAUCAUUAUCUGAACUCAAAUCAAUUGCCAAUUUCAAAAUUGGUCGCAAAGGAUAUGGAUACUUGCAAUACCUUGAACCAAUUGAUUUAUCAACAAUGUUAAACCUAGAUGACCUAUUCUCUCUUGUUGAAUUUGAUAAUAAAUCAUGUAUCGUUUACCCUGACGACAACUUGAAACCUCGCAAGGGAGAAGGAUUAAAUUUACCUGCUCAAAUUACAUUACAUAAUUGUUGGCCAUUGAAUAAGCAGGAUAGAUUACCUAUAUUAGAUCCUCAUUCUGAUAUUGUUAAAUUACAUAUUGAAAAUUUACAGAAAUUGCCAGGAAUGAAGUAUGUCAAGUAUGAUCCUGUUAGUGGCGAUUGGACAUUUACAGUUGAUGAAAUGUAA